AUGAAGACGUUGAUAUCUUUCGGAUUAAUACUAUGUAUUUAUUUGGGGUAUGGGCAAACUAUGCCUACAUCCGGAAAAGUUGAAGAAGGACCUAACAAGCCGGACCAGACACUGGAAGAAGUUCUCAAGCCAGAAGAAACGAGAGGGUACCGUGGUGGAUAUAACCGCCAUUAUGGUGGACAAGGUUGGGGAAACGCAGGAGGCUUCGGACGAGGGGGUGGUUAUGGCGGAGGGCUUGGAUACGGCGGUGGUAGUGGAUACGGCUAUGGAGGCGGCGGUGGAUACGGCUAUGGAGGAGGCGGUGGAUUUGGCUAUGGACGC